GAGAGGCGGAGGGCGCAGCUCCGGCGGCGGCGCUCGUUGGGUGUGCGGGUGAGAGGCGGAGGGGGCCGGAGGGCGCAGCUCCGGUGGCGGCGCUCGCUGGGUGUGCGGGUGAGAGGCGGAGGGGGCCGGAGGGCGCACUUCCGGCGGCGGCGCUCGUUGGGUGUGCGGGUGAGAGGCGGAGGGGGCCGGAGGGCGCAGCUCCGGUGGCGGCGCUCGCUGGGUGUGCGGGUGAGAGGCGGAGGGGGCCGGAGGGCGCAGCUCCGGUGGCGGCGCUCGCUGGGUGUGCGGGCGGCGAUGUCGGAACUGAGCGAUGAAGCCAGCGAGUCGGAGCUGCUGAGCCGCAGCCUGUCCAUGUGGCACGGCCCUGGGCCGCUGCUGUGCCGGGAGGAGCUGGACGUGCCCCUGGACCUGCACACCGCCUCCUCCGUCGGGCAGGACCAGGUGGUGCAGGAGUGCAUCCAGCGUGGAGAUCUGGAUUUAAAUAAGAGGAACCUUGGGGGCUGGACUCCACUGAUGUAUGCCUCCUACAUUGGCCAUGACAUCAUCGUGCACCUGCUGCUGGAAGCAGGAGUGAAUGUGAACAUCCCCACACCAGAGGGGCAGACACCCCUCAUGCUGGCCUCCAGCUGUGGGAACGAAAGCGUGGCUUACUUCCUUCUACAGCAAGGUGCAGAGCUGGAGAUGAAGGACAUCCAUGGCUGGACUGCCCUGUUCCACUGCACCAGCGCCGGGCACCAGCAGAUGGUCAAGUUCCUGCUGGACAAUGGGGCAAAUGCCAACUGCAGGGAGCCAGUGUAUGGAUACACACCUCUGAUGGAAGCAGCUGCUUCUGGCCAUGAGAUCAUUGUCCAGUACCUCCUCAAUCAUGGAGUGAAGACAGAUGUGAGGGAUAACACUGGAGCCACGGCACGGACACUGGCCAUGAAGUAUGGCCACACAAAGAUUGUGGGGCUGAUAGACUUGCAUGCAGCCCCAGUGCCCAAAGUCUUCUGCAGGGGCCCAGGGAAGUAUGAAGAGCUCAGCUCCUCAGAUGAAUCCUGUUCUGCUCCCCAAAGGCAGAGACCUGCUCGUAGGACCAAGGGUCCCAGCAUCCACGAGGGACCCCAGGCUUUGGCUGAGAUAACAGCAGCUGGAAUUGGGGGAAAGAAGCAGUCUCGCUAUGAGCAGGUCCCUCCUCAGGGCUAUGUCACCUUCAAGGAUGAUGGCAGCUGUGAAGCAGAUGGCAUCAGGAACAGGGAUGUUACCUCUCCGAUCAACGAGCAGGAUGUGGAGAGCAGCAGCAGCAGGGAGGAGAAUGCUUUCUUCACCAACAACUUUGGAGCUGUCAGGAGCAGCAGCAGCAGUAGUGAGUGCCUGACCAAAGCCCUGGGAGUCAGCAGUGAAGGCUCCUUGGAAAGCAAUGAGGACUCCGACCAUGCCAGCAGCGUCCCCGGGCGGAAGCAGGCUAAGAGCUACAGGAGCAAGAGUCGCUACAGUAGCAGCGACAGCCACUGGUGCCACUGCCUGGGCAGAGCCGGGGGCAACGCUCAGCACAGCCUGCCCCAGCCCCCGCCCUACACAGGCCCACAGGACCUGGCGACACUGCUGGAGCAGAUUGGGUGCCUCAAGUAUCUGCAGGUGUUUGAGGAGCAGGAUGUUGACCUCCGGAUCUUCCUGACCCUCACAGAGAGUGACCUGAAGGAAAUAGGCAUCACCCUGUUUGGGCCAAAGAGGAAGAUGACUUCUGCCAUUGCACGGUGGCACAGCAGCGCCCGGCCGCCCAGCGAUGCCCUGGAGCUGGCCUACGCCGACCGCCUGGAGGCAGAGAUGCAGGAGCUGGCCAUCCAGCUGCACCAGAGGUGUGAGGAGGUGGAGGUGAUGAAGGGGCAGGUGUGCCAGGAGCAGAAGCUGCGUGCAGUGGCUGAGAGCUGUUUGAUGGAGCGGGAUGAGACCUGGAAUGCCAUCCAGUGCCAGCUUAGAGAGGCCCAGGCCAUCACCAAGGAUGCUGGAGUCCUGUUGGAUCAGAUCAAGUGCUGUCAGGCAGAGCUGUCCUCACGCCUCACUCAGGAGCCCACUGGCAGCAGGGCGCUGGGCAGCGAGCUGCAGCUGGGCACCGGCGAGAGCAGGCGGCCCGGGGAGCCUCCAGUGCUGCCAGGGUGGCCUCCUUCCCUGAAGACUCUGAGCCUGCCUGAGCUGUCAGCUGUCCUGGAGCAGCGUGUGGGAGAGAUGGGAAAAGCUCUGCAGACUGUGACUGAAAACCUCCAGAAGCUCCAAGGCCCCGGGCAGAGCUGGCUGGAGCCAUAGCCAAGCAGGAGGGCUGCCGACGUCGGGUGACUGCUCCACCCGGAAGCUGAGGAGGCCGAGGCCGAGCUGGCAGCACCACAGCGCUGCGGGGAGGGCCCCGGCAGCUGCCGCGCCUGGGCCAGGAGCUCGCGGCCGUCGGAGAACACCCCUGGGAGGACAAAGGACAGGUCCUUGGGCCUGGCUGUUGUUGGGGCACCCAGCAGCACUGCUGUGGGUACACAAGGUUAGGUGAGGAGGAGAGGCGCAGGGAGCACCUGCCUGAGGAACUUUGAUCUGCCUUAAGCUUCCUGCAGCCCUCCUUCAGGGCUGACCACAGCAAUCCAUUCGUUAGCCUUCUCUGCAUCCCAUCCUCCACAAGGCUUCUCACACUUGCCCUGGCUCCUCCUAUGCCGUGUGGAUUGGCACAGAGCAUGAAUCCUGGCACAGCUUCAGAGCAUGUGUGGGGCAGGAAGGCAGGCAGGUGCCUGCUGAGUGGGCAGUGAGUCGAGCUUGGCUGACUGAGCCACAGCAGGGCUUGUGCAGCUCCAGCUCCUAACUGGGAUGUCUGCUCUGCCACCCCAAAUCCUCUCCCUCCAGCCAGCCUAUCCCAGUCCAGUGCCUUCCUUGGGGGCUGCUGUGCAGUCCCAGAGAACUUUGGGUUUGGUGGUGAAUGCUUCACAGCAGAGUCUGACUUGGUUUGGCAGUGCUAAGGUCUCUGUGUUGACAGCAGUUGCCCGGCAGAUGUCUGGCAUGAAAGAGAUCAGAGCUGAGGUCUCCUGAGCCUGGGGUGGGCAUGGCAGAAACUGAGGGACAGAUCUGUCUCGCGAGGCAGGUGGCAGCAGAGGUCACACCCCCAAUGAAGCUGUGCCACAGAGCUUUACACCUUCCCCACUGCCUGCCUUGGACUUCCAGUCUCUAGUGUUUGGAAAUGGUUCUGCCAAGGUGUUCUUGUGAGGCUGUCUUCAGGGGUUCACAGAAGGACUGCUCCAUCUCCUGCAGAUGGGGAGCAGCCAGGAAGGUGCUGGGAGCAGCUGUGGUGGUGUGAGAUGGUGCCCAGUGGCUCCUGUGCAUUGCUGGGCUCUGUGUGGAGGAAGGGGAAGAAACAACAGCCAACAAAACCUGAGGUCUGAGUGGUGGCCUUGGGUCUGGGACAGUCCCUGUGGGCAGAGGCAGAAGCUCCUUUUGAGUUUUGGACCUUGAGGGCAGAUGCCAAAAUACAGAAACCAUUCUGGCUCCAUCCUUGGAGCUUCUGCCCUCUCCCUGCUGCUCAGCACCACACAGCCUUGGCAGCUGAUCUGCCCCUGCAAGGGAACAUCUGCCGAGCUGUGCCUG